GAAAGGCAUAUCGAGACUUUUACACAUAAUACAGCAAAGCUGCAAAGGGUACCGAGCCUUCAGGUACUCUAAUCGUAUUGUCGCUACUUUAACUGUAGCCCUCAUCUGUCUAUAUCAGAUUUCAGUGGUGAUUCUGGGAUUGGGGACACAGGCGACAACUGAGUUAAAUCGGUGGAUAGCAGACGCCCGAUUGGAGAACAAAUCAGUAGUUCUUUACCUCUUACCAAUAGAAUGUAUUGUGACAUUCAUUGAUGUUGGAGAAGUAUCCUUCUACGUCUCGCUGACAAUAUCUUCUGUGAUGUCUGUUGUCAACAUUUCCGAAAUCCUGAUUUCUUAUCGGAAGAACAUGGAAUGCCUGUACAGAGGAGACUUUUCCGUCAUUCCUAGGGAGGCUUUACAGCAGUCUGCGGUUACUGUUAUGACGACGAACUUACACUAUCCAGGGUAUCAGAUAGCCUACUUGAUUUGGAGCUACUCGAUCCAAUUAUGUGUGUUGUUCUUCUCCUGUAUAUCCAUCGCCUAUUUCAUAGUCCUACCGAUGUUUGGGUAUAUACCUCUACACCGCAUCCAGAUAUUCCUUGCAUUCAUAAUAACAUUUGUCAUUCGCCGAAUGACUUACAUGCUUCAGAAAUUUGUGUCCAGCAAAUGGCUGUUGCAGAAUCACUAUCAACUUAACAAGAAUUCUGAGAAGGAAGAGAAAGUGUUGUCUCUCAACAAUAGGAAAACCUACCACAACAUGGCGUAUUUCAUGUUCUUUUACUACAUUUUCAUUGCACUGUUCCAAAGUCUGAAGAGAAUAUUUCUGGCCGUUUUCCUUGGUGUAGUAUUCUAUGGAAGAAUCGACAGAAGUACACUUAUGAAUGGUUUUGAAACUCUGGACACAGUUGAGGUUCCUAUCAUCAGUGAGGAAUCCUGGAUGGACAAAAUACUUCAGUUGUAUUGUUCUUUCGGCAUAAAUACUGAUAGCUCAGGGUAA